AUGCAAUCCAGCACAACAUCGUCCACCGCGCGUCCCUAUUCUCCUGCUCAUGCCUCAACACGUCGGAAUUUCGUGACUGACCAACAAAUCUCUCGUGACGACACAUCUGCCUGCGACGAAGAACUGCCUCACCGCUCCUCGGCAUUUCUCGAAAUUGGUUUGGGAGGCGAUGAUCCAAUUGUUGAUGCAAAGCUGAGAAGAGAAGCAAGACCCAAGCCAUCAGUACGUUUUCGAAGUAAAGUAGACAUCGUUGAACCAGAGACAUUUGACGACUACAAUACCACUCAUUCCGCCCACCCACCUCCUCGCCGAGAAAUGCCUUUCUUUUCCCCAACCCUUCCGAGACUAUUGUUUCUCGUGCUUGUCAUCGUCCUUAUCGCCCCAAGUCUCCAUACCUCUCUUCUUCUUCAAGUCGACGCAAACCCAGUGCGGCCACGACCAGGGCCUCUCGACGACAAUCUGAGGCGAUCCAAUGCUCUCAGACCCAUGCCACACACUAAGAGAGCCGAUACAUCUACAACAAUAUAUUCGGACUUUCUGACCCUCGACCUGACCAAGUCAUGGCAGAUUUCAUCCCCUUCGUUGACCGGACUGCCGAUUCCAAGUGGUCCACCCUCCGUUUCUCUGGGGUAUUUAUGGAAUUCCUACGACUCGCUCUACCUCUACGGCGGCGAGUUCUCCGAUAAUCCUGUUACCUCCCCUGUACCCUUCUCGACCUGGUCAUAUGACAUCGGAAGCUCAUCGUGGUCAGAGUCGAAGGAUCCUCGGACUGUUGCAGGCGAGAAUUCGGAUGGUGGAAACAACCCGGUUCAGCGAGCUGCAGAAGGAGCUGGCUUAUCUAUCCCUAACCUCGGCCGUGGCUUUUAUUUCGGAGGUCAUCUCGAUGGGUAUACAACGGAAGGAUGGUCCCAGUCUAUCGCCCGUGUUUAUCUUCGCGGCCUCCUCGAAUACACCUUCCCCGGAUACAGCAAUCCUGCUGUCAACAACGGCGCCGUUGCUGGUGCUGAAGGUGUAUACCGCAACAUUACAGAGGGAGGCAUACAAGACUCCAGUGGAUUUCCGGAGCGUGCAGAUGGCAUUCUCGUAUACGUUCCUGGCUAUGGCAAAUCGGGCAUUAUUCUAGGGCUGGCCGGAGGAACCAACGCCACCUUCACCCAAAUGAACGUGAUUGAUGUCUACGACAUUGAUUCGUCCACAUGGUACAAGCAAGCCACGACUGGUCCAACUCCGGAAAUUCGUGUGAAUCCUUGUGCUGUAGCAGUGUCGGCUGCGGACGGUAGCUCCACCCAAGUUUACAUGUAUGGCGGUCAAAACUUGAUCCCUGCCGGCGAACAAAAGCAGUAUGACGACGUAUGGAUUUUGACUGUUCCAUCAUUUACUUGGAUCAGGAUCGAUACAUCUGACCAAAGUGUGCCACCUGCUCGUGCCGGUCAUACCUGCAAUGUCUGGAACGGACAAAUGGUGGUUGUAGGUGGCUAUGUCGGACAAGAUUUAUCUUGUGAUAGUCCAGGAAUCUACGUUUUCAAUACGAGCUCUUUGGCUUGGCAAAAUAGCUAUGUUGCCUUGGAGACAGACGAUAGCCUAAAUAGGCAAACCAGCCAGAAGCACGACCCAUCAGCUCUUCAAGGAUCAUUUGGCUAUGCCGUGCCGAAAGAAGUACAGUCAGUUAUUGGUGGAAAUGCUGUCGGAGCAGCAACCAUCACUGCCCCCGCUCAAACCGCUUCUAAUGGACCUCUUGCUACUGGUGGACCGAUUACAUAUACGGUCACAGGGGCUGACGGCUCCGUUGCAACAGAGACCUCUAUUCCCGGCAGUGGGACCAGCGAGAGUGGCCACUCUUCUAGUGACAAGAAUGUCGGUGCCAUUGUCGCGGGGGUCAUUGCUGGCUGCUUAGGUGUCUUGGCUGCCUACCUCGGCUUCUGUGCUUGGAUUUAUCGCAGACAACUCAAAAUCUACAAGAAUCAUACCGCGUUGGCACAGAAUCAGACUAUUUCUGGUGGUGACCAUCGAUACUUUGGCACCGGAUUCAUCGGUGGUGGUAAACUGAGCAACCAAGAAAAGAGUCAAACCAGUGACAGCCGAAAUAGUGCAGACAACCGAAGUGGAGAUGCCAACAGUACGGGAAGAGCCAAUGCACUCUCCAGCAAUAACCCUUACCGAUCUGUACCAGGCGGAGCAGGAACAGCCACAGCGGCAAGCAGUACAGAAGAUCUGAUGGCCGGACAGGAGCCGAGUUUCCUAGGAGUCAUGUUGAACCCUCGUAGGAGUUUGAGAGUUGUCAACCGGGAUUGA